CAGCGUCGUUACUUCCGCCCUGAAGUUAAUGGCGAUGAACAGAAAAUUUUCUUGUCUUUAUUUUUUAUAAAUAGCAGAAUUUGCGUCCAAAUGGCUCAGAGGGGGCCUAGUGACCAAACCGACAUGGGCAAUAUCAAUAAACCUGCUAUAAAACCCGGCCGAUUAAAAGAUAUCCAUCAGAAAAUAAGGAUUCUCAACUUUAGAACGCUGAUAGACAACCUUCCAACAUCUAUAGACGAAGGAUCUUCAACUGUUCUCAAAUACAAGACUCCAAACUUUAGGGCUAGCGCGACAGUCGAGAUAGCGCCAAUGCCUGAUAAUCACAAAUAUAAGAUAGGUUGGAUUCAAGCUUGUACGGACAUGAUGUUUCACAACACAUAUUCUGACGAGGGAUUCACAAGUUGGGAAUUCCCUGAACUCACUUCCGGUGCCCAGAAUAUGAUAAGCGACUGCGACGGACAUCAUUACCCAUGGUAUGGCUCGAGGAAUGAAACUGUUACCUUUGAUGGUCCAUGCAAGAUGUACCAGACUGCUACCGUUACCAUGAACGACAAUUUCCAUCCUCACGUGACAUGGCGGAAUCCAUCCAACAGAAAUCAAGGUCCACCAAACUUGACACGUAUUGCACGUGAUCAGAGCUUCUAUGUGUGGCUGGUCGUCUGGGAUAUGACUUUACAGAAAGCUUACAUCUUGAAAACAAUCAUGUGGAACAUGAAACUGGACAUAGAAGUCGACCCUAAUAAACCUUUAGGUCAGCGAGCCAAGCUGGUGAGCAACCCAGUGCCCAAACAGCCUACUAUUCUUGAUGAUAUAGUCCCUAUCCCACGCUGCGCACUUAUGCCACCCAACGCUAACAGCGCCCAGAUGUUAGUCUGGCGUCCCAGGAUUGGUAAACCAAUGUGUAUCAUACCACCAGUAUGGAAGAAAGAUGUACCAAUUGAAAAACAAGUUCCAAGAUAUGACAGCAAAUUAUGUCGACUUUAAAUUUUUCUAAUUUUGUUUUCCAAAAAACUUUACAUCAAAAUUCUGUGAUAUCUUUUUUUUAAAACAAAGUCACCAACUAAUCUAACUUUUUUUGUG